AUGAUUAAGGCGUUUCGCAUCGAAGAUGUGCUUGCAGCGUGUACCCCAGGCGAUGGCGUAUUCGCACGGCGGUUGCCACAAGGCGGAUGUCAAUUCUUUGCCUGGCCCGGUACGCCACUUGUCGUUGCCAGCAAUGCAGUAUCAACCAUGCCCGACACGAUUCGCACCGUGCACGCCAUAUUUGGUCGUGAGAAGACACCCAUUGACUUGGUGCUGGACAUUGACUGUCCCGUGCCGCAGGAACACUGGAGCAUGUCAAAGGUUCGCCCAUUUCAAAAAAAGCUGCUGGAUGAGACCCUGACGGUGGUGGCCGAAGAAAUUAAGGUCAUUGGAGAGAAAAUUGCCUCCCAGGUUGUGCUGCAGUCGCCAAAUCUGAAAAAGGCCUCCUUUCACGUCCACACAAAGCUGCAGGAUGUGGCCUUCGAGGACUACCACUCCCUCCACGGGUUCCUUCACCGGUUUCAUAAUAAAAUUCCACAUGUUGAUCUGCAGAUUUACCGCCCGAACGGAAUGCUUCGAAUGCAUCGUUGCAUGAAGGAAAACCAUACAAGCGCGAUAAUUGUGUUUGAGGACAAGAAGUGGAAUAUUGGAUUCCCGAAUGGUGUUGUACCCGACUCCGUCGCAGCGCUACACUCCACCUGUGUUCGCGAGGGUGGGACGUAUUCGCGUCUACUUCACUUUGACGCCCCACGAACACAGACGGCUCCUGAGGAGAGGGCUAGCGACGAUGGCGGCGGGUUUGUGAAGGGGGCGUCGAAGAUUCCACAGAUUUUACUUCCUUUUACCGAGCGAGAGGCUGUGGAGAAUGUCUCUAAUUGGCUUCGCACCGGCAUUCAGGAGGCCGACGUUGGUGACUGGCGCUCAUGGGUAGGACUUGGCAUUAACGCCUUCCGUCGUUGCUUACCACUUCCGCAAUGUCCAGACGCUGAAGCGACCCGCCAUGGAGGAGUUGCUCGACGCAUGGGUGGAGGCCAGUAA